AUGUUGAAAGCUGAAUAUUCAACUAAACCAUUAAUUACGCAAAGUGAUGCAAAACAGCAUUUACAUGAUGUUCGUUAUCAGCGUCAAAAUCAAUUGGCAACAAUAAUCAAUGAAUGUCAUCAACUUCGUGUAUUACAUAAACGUAUUUUUGAUAAUCAAUUAAAUUCUUCUUCAACUGAAAAGUCUUUUAUUUCUAAACCAUUAAAAAUUGAACCAAUUUUUACUUGUAAUCCACAAAUUGAAUCAGAUAAUGAGUUAUCUGUUCUAAAAGAAAAUUCAGAAUAUUUAUCCGAAUCUUCAUAUACAUUUUUAGAAAAUCGACUACCAAGUGCUUGUAGUAAUCGAUUAUUAUCAACAUAUAGAAAAAAGAAUCAACAACAAUAUUUAAGUGUUUCAUCAGUUGCAUCUAUCGAUAAACGAGUAAAUAAAGUUUAUGAAAAAUGGCCUGAUCAUACACAAAUUAGUCAAAUAAUUGGACACUCUAUUGAAAAAUUUCCACCAAUAUCAACUUUAAAUCAGCCAAUUAAUAAAACAAAAUCAAAUAAAUCUAAUAGAUUUGUUGAUGCUAUAAAACAGAUGAAAAAUAGAUCAUCAAUUCAACGACAUUUAUUAAAAGAUAAAUCAAUUGAUGAAUCUCGUAUGAAUGAAACAUUAGCUCUUAAUACUUUAAUCAAAGAAAUGCAACCAAAACUUCCUUUAAUUCUUUGUCCAUCAUCAAUUUAUUAUUCAAAACAAAUUCAAACUCGCCAAUGGUUAUGCAAAAAUUAUUCUUCAACUCGAACUCUUCCGCUUAUUUAA